AUGAUUCUCAUCCAAGCUGCCAAAUCGCGCCCACUGCGCUAUUUUGCAUUGGUGCUGUUGGCGCUUGCCGUGUGGCGGUACAUCACCCACGUUGCCCAACGACAGUCCGAAGAGUCUUUCCCCGUCUCGCUGUGGACCCCCACAACGUUGACGUUUGACGUUUGGGGCGGGUUCGUGUACGCGAUUCUUGCAAUCGCACUUGUUCGCGAAUGCCUGACCCCUCGCCCCCCCGCCCCCUACAUGGGACUUCUUUUGAUCCUACUCAGUGUCGAAUUUGCCGUGGCGAUUCUCGCCCAGGAGCUUCGAAUGUUUGGCCAUUUGACGUUUGCGCUGGUGGCGCUGUGUGUGUUGUGGGGAACGCUCUUGACCUCGUUUACGCUGGUGGAGCACCACGUGGAGCCCAUUGUGAUUUCGUCGCUCGUAUACAGCGAUACUGAUCACGAUUACACGACGUCGAGUCGGUGGGAUUACCUCUGGAUCCGCCUGCCGUUGGGAUUGUGGUGGGUGUUGAGCAGCGCAGAAUUGCUGGCAGUUUGCCACGCCGUUGCCCUUCAUUCUGAUGCUGCGCCCGAUAUGCGAGUGUUCGUAUGUUCGAUGAGCGGAUGGGUGCUGGUGAGUGUUGGCCUCCUCUUGACCACAGGCGACAUAGCGAUCAUGGUGGGGUCGCUGUGGAUGUUGUGGGGCGUGGCAAAUGCCAACUCUAGCAAAUCCACCGACGAAAACCACACGAUGGCAACGCUGGCGGGGCUUGGAGCGUUUGACCGAAAGACCGUUGGGCUCCUGUGUUUAGUCUACGUGGAGUGUCUGCUCCCCGCCGAAACGUCCGCUCAAUGUCCAAUUCGCACCAUGCCUUUCGUGCGGUUUGCCGUCGUUGCCCUCGUCGCGAUCGCCAGUACCACCGUGGUUAUGGGUGCAUGCAAGACAGCCGUGGGAGGCUCUGUCACUGUGAACAAGUUGGGCGACGCGUUCUACCUCAAGGCCGGAACUCUCGUGUCCGUCAAUAUGGCACUUUCCGCCCCAUACCUUGUUACCAUCGCGGGGAAGCAGGGGGGCAAGGGGUAUUACAAAGAAGCCGACCUCAAGUGUUGAGACCAAUUCUACGUAACGAUACCUAAUCUAUACGAAUAUUUUACAUCGGAA